AUGUUGAGGAAACAGGCGCCUUCUUUGAGACGCGGAUUUGCUGCCGUUUCCGAUAAUGUCCAGCCAAACCGUGUGCACGGUGGGCUUAAGGACCAAGACAGAAUCUUCCAAAACAUCUACGACAAGUACGGUCGUGACCUGACGUCCGCGCAGAAGAGAGGAGACUGGUACAAGACCAAAGAAAUCAUAUUAAAGGGUGACAAAUGGAUCAUUGAUGAGAUGAAGAAAUCCGGGCUCCGUGGAAGAGGCGGUGCUGGGUUCCCAAGUGGUUUGAAAUGGUCCUUCAUGAACCCUCCCGGAUGGGAAAAGAACGUUGGCGCCAAGUAUCUGGUUGUCAAUGCCGAUGAAGGUGAGCCUGGUACCUGUAAGGACCGUGAGAUCAUCCGUAAAGAACCCCACAAGUUGGUUGAGGGUUGUUUGGUUGCUGGUCGCGCCAUGAAUGCGACUGCUGCGUAUAUCUACAUCAGAGGUGAGUUCUACAAUGAGGCAGUUCAGCUUCAAACUGCCAUCAACGAGGCAUACAAAGCUGGCCUGAUCGGAAAGAACGCUUGUGGAUCUGGAUACGACUUUGACGUGUACAUACACCGUGGAAUGGGUGCCUAUAUCUGUGGAGAAGAGACGGCUUUGAUCGAGUCUAUCGAAGGAAAGGCUGGUAAGCCCAGAUUGAAGCCACCAUUCCCAGCUGGUGUUGGUCUGUUUGGUAGACCCACCACUGUUACCAAUGUGGAGACCGUUGCUGUUGCCCCUACCAUCUUGAGAAGAGGUGGUGACUGGUUUGCUUCCUUCGGUAGAGAGAGAAACUCGGGAACCAAGCUGUUCUGUGUUUCCGGCCACGUCAACGAGCCAUGCACAUUCGAGGAGGAGAUGUCCAUCCCGCUUAAGGAACUGCUGGAAAAGCACUGUGGUGGUGUUGUCGGUGGUUGGGAUAACCUUUUGGGUGUCGUUCCAGGUGGAUCUUCGGUGCCAAUCAUGCCCAAGGACACAUGUGAAAACGUGCUUAUGGACUUUGAUGCCCUGAGAGAUGUUGGAUCAGGUCUCGGAACUGCUGCUGUGAUUGUGAUGAACAAGUCCACUGAUGUUAUCAGAGCCAUCCAGAGAUUCUCUGCCUUUUACAAGCACGAGUCCUGCGGUCAAUGUACUCCAUGCCGUGAAGGAACCACCUAUUUACAGAAGAUGAUGGACAGAUUCUACACAGGACAGGCCAAGGAGAGAGAAAUUGACAUGAUCUUCGAGCUGACUAAGGAGAUUGAAGGUCACACUAUCUGUGCCCUUGGUGAUGCUGCUGCAUGGCCAGUGCAGGGUCUGAUCAAGUCGUUCCGUCCGGUCAUGGUUGACAGAAUCAACGAGUUCCAAAAGAAUAACAACGUGUCUUACGGUGGAUGGCUCGAGGGAGGAAAGGUGAAGGAUGGAAAGGUUGUUGGGUCGCCAAUCCCAGCUGACGCUUUCCACGGACACCAUUAG